AUGAAGUCAAUACGCCUUCUUGCAUUCGCAUGUGCGGCUUCAGCCCACGUGCCCUACAGCCAAUAUGUUCUGACACCUAAAUCUAGAACGUUACGUCCAGCUUCUGUAUAUAGUAUCAAUGGUACUGUACAAAAUGCUCAAAGCCUAGUGGGAGGAAAUGCAAAUGCUGUCUUCGUUGGCCAAUCAGCUGUUACAUACGACUUUGGCAAAAAUGUCGGCGGUUUGGUCUCUUUCAAUGUAUCAGAGGUAACUACCUCUGGAGCCUAUAUUGGGAUCUCCUUCACUGAAUCGAGUAUCUGGAUCAACCCUGAAGGUUGUGACGCUACAGCAGAUGCUGGUAUUGAUGCCGCUUUGUGGUGGCAAGUCUCAUCAGGCAGUUCCUAUACUGCCCAGAAGCAGUUUCAGCGAGGCGGUUUCCGUUAUCUUAAUGUCUACCACAACACAACAGGCAACGUCACCCUUUCCGAUUUGACCGUCUAUUACACGGCUAUACCUCAUUACUCGGAGGAACAGCUCGCACAGGGUAUCCAAACCGGCUAUUUCCAUUGUGAAGAUGAGCAAAUAAACAGAAUCUGGUAUGCAGGGGCCUACACAAACGAGCUUUGCACAAUCGAUCCGACAACAGGUAACAGCCUUAUCUAUCUCGGCGUUGUCAACAGCUCGAGUGUUGUGACCACACCUCUGCCAUGGUAUAGUAACACGACAAUCUCCAACGGCUCGGCAGUGCUUGUAGAUGGUGCCAAGCGAGACCGUCUUGUUUGGCCUGGAGACAUUCUUAUUUCUCAACCAGGUAUCUUUGUCUCAUCCUAUGAUAUGGAGAUGCUGCGAGACUCGCUGGAUUCGCUUCUCGUUCUGCAGAACGCCUCGGGAGCACUCCCCUAUGCUGGUCGACCAUUUGGUAACGAGACCUAUUUGAGACAAAAUUGGAACACUUUUAAGUCGGCCCUCAACUUCUCAUUAUCCUUUAUCGACGACAGUGGCAUGGCAAAUGUCACUACCCCUGCUGAUUGGCUUCGAUUUGGUAUGGGAGGCCACAACAUCGAGGCAAAUGCUAUCCUCUACUUCGUGCUCAAUCUAGGCACCAACCUCGCUAACCUUUUGGGCGACACCUCAAUGUUUGUACAAUCAUGGCCAGCACUUGCAGAAGGCAUCAAAUCAGCAGCUAACAAUCAGUUGUGGGAUCCUAAACUAAAUCUUUACCGUGACAACGAUACUCAGCCUCUCACCGAUUUACACCCUCAAGACGGAAAUGCUUGGGCUAUCAUCAGCAACCUCACACUAAACAGUGAACGUGCAAGAAACAUCUCAGAAGCCCUCCAAGCAAGAUGGGGUCCAUACGGAGCACCAGCACCCGAAGCAGGCGAAACAGUGUCCCCCUUCGUCAGCGGCUUCGAACUCCAAGCACAUUACCGCGCUGGACGACCAGCUGCAGCCGUCAAUCUAACCAAACUCAUGUGGGGCUUCAUGCUCGACGACCCUCGCAUGACGAACUCGACUUUCAUCGAAGGCUACUCGACCAACGGCGACCUGCACUACGCACCAUACGCCAAUGAUCCGAGAAUCUCUCAUGCCCACGGCUGGGCAACUGGUCCGACUUCAACGCUGACAUUCUACGGUGCAGGACUUCAAGUCACGUCCGCAGCAGGCAAGACCUGGCUGAUUGAGCCGCAGCUCGGUGGAUUGAGUAAUAUUGAGGCCGGGUUUCAGACGAACCUAGGCAGCUUCUCGACACAAACGACAGCGCUACAGGGUGGAGGCUUGAAUGUCACGUUUAGUACGCCGACGAACACCUCGGGCACGCUCAGGUUAAGCUACAGCGGCACGUUGGCAAGUCUAACGGUGAUGAAUCUGGAGGCGGAAAGUGGUAUGACUAGCCAGAAGAUGGCUAAGAGACAGAUGCAGAGCGAUGAGGCAGGGACGAAAGUGGUGACUCUAUCUGAUCUGCCAGGUGGAAAUUAUACAGUGGUUCUUCGGACUGUGGACUGA